CUCCGCUAACACCCCUCUGCAGUUGGUCUCGUCGGGGUCUCCCCAACGCAGCAAGCGCACGUGCUCGGUGUUGUGCUGGGAAUUGCGCCGGUGUUUCAGCAGAUAUGAGACUCACGUAAAAUGUCAUCACGCGGCUAGCUUCGCUUACGCUCCCAGCUCCUUUGACAGAAGUGUGGAAGUGAAUACGACGCCUUUGCGUUUCAGAGUUUACGUGGGAAACACUUAUUUUCACUAAGGGUGGCGUCGUCACAGCGUGACCUGACGCUGCUCCCGUCGGAGUUCACCGGACUGAAGGUUUGGAGGUCUGCAGAGCAAAACCAUGAGCUCCAGGGUGUGUAAGCACUGCGGCAGCUCAGACAUCGAUGUUGACCAGGCGCGGGGCGAUGCCGUCUGCAUGGGCUGCGGCUCCGUUCUGGAGGACAGCAUCAUCGUCUCCGAGGUGGAGUUUGUAGAGACGGGCGGCGGAGGCUCCCUGGCUGUUGGACAGUUCGUGUCUUCAGAAGGUGGUCUUAAAAAUCCAACUUUUGGGGAUGGACACUUCUCAGGGAUGGGGUCAGAGUCCAGAGCUCAGACGUUGCAGAGAG